GUACUCCUUCCAGACGCAGAAAAACGCGUCGAUGGCAGAUCUGGACCGCAAUUUGGUCCGGAAACGGGAACGGGACGGCACUUCGGAGGAGGAAGCCUACCUGGACUACCUGCUUGGCUCGGUCGACCACGACUACGAAGAGCUGCUCGCAAUCUUCCGCGCAAAAACUGACUCGUCGUCUCCUGGGGACGGCAUUCUUGCAGACUACCAACAUCAUGCUGCAACUACUGCGAUCUCUUCGACGUCCUCCACCACCCGGGGGAGCAAUUUAGUAUUUCGCACCUCGGGGCUGCCGCAGCAUGCUGGUACGGCUGCGCACCAGUACAAUCAUGUCCUCAACAUGGG